AUGAUACAAGUUGGGUCUUGUUGUAAGAUGCUGUCGCCACUGAACAUAAAAGCUAGUUCUGUUCCAUUUGAAGAAGGCCCGACGGCAAUGUUUAGUGAGAUAUCUCCAGAAAUGAUUUACGAGGCACUGAGAAGACUUUCAAUGUGGCGGCAACACGUUGAAACUAGUGCAAUUUUAGAUUAUAUUGGAAGAAAUUAUCCGGUAAACCCGGAUAAGAGUGAGUUGCUAAUGGAACUCUUAGAUAAGUUGGUUAUCGCAGUCAUUGUGGGCAUAGUCUGCCAAUCAUCUACCGACACUUGGUAUCUAAGCUGUGCUCUGGAGAGGCGAAAAAUAAAGAAAACUCACGUCACUUUGUUCUGGAAAGUGUAUAGCGAUACUUUGCAACCAAUAUCCAAGAGGCAGAAUACUACGAGUCAGAACACGAACAGUCAAAACGGAACGUUACGCGUUUUUGACAGCGAAAUUCUAUAA